AUGUCUGCCCCCCAAGCUUCUCUGUCCGAUUUGCGCCGCGCCGAUGGUUCGGCCACCUUCUCGCAGAACGGAUAUUCGGUGCUGUGCGCCGUCAAUGGCCCGCUGGAGGUGCAGCGCCGCGACGAAUUGCCUGAAGAAGCAGCCAUCGAAGUGAAUGUGCGCCCCGCUUCCGGAGUUGGAAGCCCCAAGGAGCGCCAUCUCGAGACGCUCAUCCACAAUACGCUGCGGCACAUCAUCCUUGUCCGGAAUCACCCACGCACUCUCAUCCAAGUGACGCUGCAAGUCCUCACUGUCCCCGAGGGCGACGCCGCUGAUGACCGUUCGCGCUCCUCGAUCCUUUCCAUCCUCCCCGCUCUCCUCCAGGCCUCUGCCCUCGCUCUCGUCUCUGCGUCCAUCCCGCUCUCUACUACAUUCUCUGCUACCCUCCUUGCCGUCUCCUCGACAAACGACAUUAUCACGAAUCCCUCGGUGAAAGACCUUGCACAGGCAGCAUCACUCCAUGUAUUCGCCUUUGCACCAAAGGGUGAGCUGUUGGUAGCUGAGAGCGAAGGCAAGUUCGAUCUGGGUACUUGGGACAAGGUGCACGAUGCCGCGGCGAAGACAUGCUGCGCCCCGGAGCAAGAUGGGGAGGGGAUGGAGGUCGACGGAAAGGAACACGAGAACUUGCACUCGUUGGUGAAGGAUGCAGUCAGGCAGAAGGUGCAAAGAGACCAGGCAUGGAAGGAGGCUCCCUGA